CAGCCAGCUACUUUGCGCGAUUCACCGAAAUGCGUAUAAAACGUAGGAGAAGCUGAAGAGGUGUGCGCCGUUACUAUAGGCUGUAUUUUGAUAGGCAAAUCAGACUUUGGUGGCAGUCAUCCGAGCCGAAUUGACGUUACCAACUUUUUACUUAUACCGCAUCAACAAUGGUACACACUGCUCGCCUUGUGCCCCUCAACGUAAGUAUACACUAAUUGUUAAUUAUUUGCAAUAAGGUUUGGCUGAGGAGCCGACACACCGCCCUCACCUUUCAUAUCCACCGCCGAUUGUUGUUCUCUCCUCUAUUCCCACACUCAAUUAUAUUUGUUUGUUACUCUCAAAGUUUUUCCUUAAGUUGUGGUAGGCUACUUUGUUUGCCAUGAACUCUGUUGUUUCCCCUCUUUCUCUCUCUUUGACUUUCCAAACAGGUUGUGUUUGAAUAGCUGUACAAAAAUGAGGAAACGGGUCAGUCAAAUCACCUGCUGAACGAGAGUAUUACGAGCUGUGGUGUUUAAGUUUGCACACCUGAAGAAAGAGCAGCUAAUCAGGGGCAGCUUGUGUCUUUACUGUAGAAGACUGAACGAUAUAGCCUACUGUUAAAAAUGCUACCAAAAAGUCAACCUAGCCUAACCUUUUCAUAUUUUGUCACACAAUUUUUGAUCACACUAACAUGUUCUCGACAAAUGUUUACGGUAAUAGUAACUAUGUCGCAUGGCUUCAGAAAUAAAGUAAGAAGAAAUUAAAAAAAAAAACAUCUUUUGGACACAUACUCCGUUUAUGUAAAUUCUGAAAACUCUUGGGAUAUUGAGACUCAAGUGAAUCUCAAGUGAAUCUGUUUCAAAUCUUACAGGUUUUGUUCCUUUUUCUGUUUCUUAAGUUGGAAUCUUUAUUAUAAGGUUUAUGGAUAUAUACAGCAAUGUAAGAGAUGACGUUUGCCAAACUUUUACCAUAUUUGUUUUUGUUUAAAAUGUAUAAAAGUUUGAAUGGGGUUAUAGGCUUAUGAACUGAGUGUUCUUUUUAUGGGGGGGGGGGGCUUAAAUGAGGGUUUUCAAAGACAGCACCCCCCCAAAAAAAAUGUUCAGCGUUUGUUGAACUGUGAAUCAUGUAAAACCUUUUAGAAGUUAUCAGAGGGAUGACAUGAGGACAAAAAUACGUUUUUUUGUUUUUUUUGUUUUUUUUUCAGGCACUGGCCUUUAAUAUUUACCUAACGAAAAUAUUCCUGAGAUCAUAUUUCUCCAUUUCAUGGUCCCCUGAGCAGGAUUGUCAGUUCUAGGAGAGGUGUGUAAGAGAAUGUUAACAAUUAACCAAGCCUCAUAACCAAUAUCCUGUCUUUGCAGUGUCCCACCCACCAAAUUAAAAAAGGUUUUCAUAGUGAACUUUGGCUCCAGUGUGGUUCACUACUCUGCACCAGACAGCAAAGAAGAUUUCACCAGGUGAGUCGACACAAGCAAAAUGAUUUGAAAACAUAAUUUAGAAUGAGAAACAUGAUUAUACUUGGGAAAAAAGUCCAUAUUUUCAGAUUGACUGUAUGUUGAUUGUUCAGUUCUGUACAGGGAGAGAGGCUGGAUUUCACAAUGGAUCACCCACAUCAAAUGACAGCAGCAACGGGCAGCUCAGGUGAGAGAUAAUGUAAAAAUAAAAGUGUUCAAAGGUUGUUGUUUUUUUUUUUUUUAUUAGAAAAUCAUGACUGGAACUAAAGGUUUGCCCCAGUGUGAAACAAUAAGAUUGUAAUAAUUGAUGUCUGUGUAGUAAGCCUAUAAAUGUACAAAUGAGUCCAUCUUUACCUCUAGAGUUCAGAGUCCAGAAUAAAGUUAUACAAGGAAGUGAAAUUAUCUUGAGACUUAUUAAACCUUAGCACAAACAACCCAAUUGCAAGUGUAUAAAGAUACCUCUACUGGUGAAAUAUUAACUUUGUAUUGUCACUGAUCAAUGUACUUUGAACUGACACAUUCAAUCACAUUCAGCAAUGUAUUCAAUAAUCAUCCAGAAUUGUAACUCAUGUAUUAUAUUCAGAUGGUGUACACAAUCUCUGAAAGGGGUUUACUCCGACUGUGUGCUCUUCCUCCACUCAUUGGAGUCUCACUGUUAUUUCACUGUUCAUUUCUAGGGAGUCUUCUUUAUUCCUUAAGAAAAGCUGAAUGGUGCUCAAGAAAUCCAUAUGGACUAUAGACUGUUGGAUGGAUUUAAAUCAAAAUUAAAACACAAAGGUUUAUUCGGCAUGUGGAUAUGGUGAAAGUGAAAAAUAUUGUUAAAAAUGAAACGAACAUACAAACAACUUUUUCAAGGUCCUGCUUACAACCAGGCAACAUUUCUGAUGGGUCACUGUUCGAUACAAAAAGAGGUUGUUUAACUGCCUCAUCAGAACCUUUUAAAUUUGAUGCCUUUUUCUUUUUUAUACUGAAUAAAUCUGUUAUCAGUCCACUGUCAUACAUCAGGUAUCUUACGAAAAAGUUGUGAUCAGCCUUUGAUUUUUCCAUAGACUGAAGUAUGACAGACUGAAGUAUGAAGUUACAUUUUUUCUCUGUUACAGACUGGGACACAGGAGUAUUUUUGAGAUCCAGGAACAGCAUGAGACUACCAUCUAACAGUGAGUAAACAUUAAAAAGAACUAUUCUGAUGUCCAUAUAAACAGUUACCAACUUGCUAGAAAUGUAGGUUUGGUGUUAGAGAUAUUUUCUGUUCAUUUGCUUUGAAUAAACAUGAUCUGAGAACAUUCAGCUUCCUAGAUAUAUUACAAGACCAAGCACUGCCACUCCCAGCUACUGAAGGCUCCCCCGUGUUGGGUUUGAUGACCUAUUAGCAAGGUGUGGCUUAGCUCAGCUCAUCUCAGCUCUGACACAGCUACAUAGCAAAGACUCUACAUACAAAGUAGUCAAGCUCCUGGUUUCAAAGAUGGAGUCAAUACUGUAGUGCCUCAGUCAUGCACUCUUUCUUAUCGCCAACAGGGGGAGUCAUAUUUUAUCCAACAAAUCAGGGGAAAAAAACCCUACUUGAGUUGGACUCAAGCAGUGGGGACCCAGAUUUGUACUCAGACUCAAGCAUUGAUGGCAUUUGCACCAAAAAAUUGGGACUAGGACUAGGGCAUAUUUAUUGAUAAAAAAUUGAUGUAUGUGGUAGUUUUUCAUGCAAAUCCCUGAACAUUUAUUCAGACUAAAGGGAGAGCUGACUUGUGCUUAUCUGCAUGUGUCUUGUUUAGCUAAAGUCUAAAGACUAAAUUAAGAGGAUCAUGCAUUUUGCUUUUAAAGAUUUUAUAGUUACUGUGGGCUGGAUGAUAGAGACACAAACAGGGACAAGCCCAAACUGUAACAAAGAUCUGUCAGGGUGCAUCCAGAAAUGUAAGUGUGAUGCUAAAGCUAACUGGGCUGUUGAUAAUGUUACCAGUAGCAUAACAAUAACAUUGGCCGUUAACUCAGCUGUGGGCCCGGCCUGAGGCUCACAGGUUGCCAUGACGAUAAACGCACCCAGGCUUAGGCAGCCAGAAUAUCUAGAGAAAGAGCAAUUUUUUUUACCUUGGUCCAGAUCUUACGUUUGGGCUUAUUCUGACAAGACAGUAGCUCCUAUAAGAAAAAAAGCAGACCCUGGUCAUCAUAAGGAGAUCAUGAAAGCUUUGGUAUGAUUUUGGUAUUUCUACAGCAAGAAAUUUGGAAAUACUUGCAAUUUAUAAACAGGAGUCCCUCCUGCUUCUCUCAGAAAAUCUUUUUAUUAACGUCAAUGUGCAUUGCAUACUUGCUCCUCUUAAGAAGGAUACUGGAGUAAGGAUUUUAUUCUGCAAUAAGACUUUACAACAAACUGUAAUAAAACUGGACUCACACCACCACUUUUUUUCUGGCAUUUAAAUUGUGUAUAUUGUAUAUAGUUUUAUUUUUUUCUUCUACUUUUCCUUUUCCUAAAUUUUUUCUUAAUUAUUACAUUUAUUUAAGUUCUUAAUAUUACGAUCUUUAUUUUGAUAACUGCAUUUUUGCACUCUUUGUCUGUGAUGCUGCUGUGACAAAAGAAUUCCCCCCAUGGGGGAUCAAUAAAGGAAUAUUCUAUUCUAUUUUAUUCUAUUUAGGCUUCAAUACUGUUUAUUUCAACAAGUCACUUACUCAUACAGGUCUCAUCUUAUCAUAUCUUCUAAUCUAUUUUAUUUUAUAAUCUUAUUUUAGAACAGGCAGUACAGCUCAAUAUGAUGUAUAGACUAUACAACUGCAUGAUAUGUGUGCUGAUGUUUUAUUGUAACAUUAUUUAAUCAGUGAUUGAUUAUUUUUUACUGAAUGAUGUACAUCAUAGGCAAACCAGACUGUGGGCAGUAAAAAGGUGCAUGUUGACUCACUUAAACUCUGGUGACAUGAUUGGGGGGGGGGUCAUUCAGGGUAAAAUAGAAAUGUUCAAAAGCUGUGAAAACAGCAGAUCUACAUGUUCAAAACACAUCACAUAGCAAUGUGUAAAUUGUAAGCUUGUAGAUCUGAGCCAUCCUUUGAUAAAAGUAUGAAAGAGGAAUUAAGUGGUUUAUAAAAGCAACUAAUCUAUUAGUCAGUAUGGUUAUUGUUUUCCAAUACUUUAAAAAACUAGAUUCAGUUGAAACACAACACACGAUGUUUACUGUUAUUAUGUCAAGUAAAGUUCAGUGAAGAAACCAUUCUGAACCAUUUAUUAGAAUGAAUGUUUGUAUCCACACCAUGCUGUAGGACACACCUGCUUACCAUAGUAUCACUUCACUCGGUGAGUCUUCCUUUAUAUCAUCCUCCUCCUCAAUCUCCCCUUACACUGGGGGCAGACCUGCGUAACCCAACAGUGUCUGCUCCUGUGAGGGACUCACUAAAACAGCAGUAUCAGUGCUGCUGGCCACUGGCCCUGCUGCAAACAUUUCCGUCAAUUUUCUGCUCCUAGCAGUCUGUGUCGCUUUUCUUUUUGUUGGCCCUCAGUUUCUCUGCAGCGCCUUCUGUUUUUUCUUGCAUUCUCUAUUUUUCCCCAUGUGCUACAACAUGCCUGGGUGGGACUCCAGGGCCUCUGUAGCCUCUCUAGCAAUGCAGAUUUGUAUUGUGUGAAUCAAUCCCCUGUGACAAAAAAAACACCUAAAGAUUUGAGUACUGUUGUCUGUUUCAUCUGCAGAAAGUAAAUUAAAGACAGAGUUUUACAGUCAGUUGUAUUUCUGUAAUGAUUUGGACUGUAAGAUUGGGUUCAGAUCUUGUUUUGCACAGCAGCCAUUUCAGUUUUAUUCUCUGACUGACUUUAGUUUAAUGUUUAUCUUUCUCUGUUUCUUUUUAGUGGCUAAAGUAGUCGUUUCAUCGCUGAAGUCUAUGACUCCCCUCAAAACACAAGCUUUGAACUUGGUUCUGUGUGGCCAGAGAGAGUCACUGAAAACUGCAGCAGCUGAAGCCUUUUAUAGCCAGACACAGCUACAUCCUGGCUCUGCCAUGUCAGAGGUUGGAUGGGUUUCCCUGGCAAAACUGCCUGCCUUGUAUGGGAAAUCUGAGGAAGCAGUCAAGGAGGACUCACACAGGUUUGUCUCCGCCAAUCCUGAGGGCGUUCAUCUCUUCAUCCAGGUCCUUCCUAUGGGUCCCCUUACUGAUGAAGACAAACAGGAGUUAAGAAUCAUACAGAAAACCUUCAGCUCCCAGGUCAAAGCCUUUACCAUGGUUCUGUUCGCUGUGGAGUCAGAUCAGACAGCUACAGAUAAAAAAUACUUUCUGAAGAAAAACAAAGAUGUCCAGGAGCUUAUUCAGAGUUGUGAAGAUAGGUAUUGUUUCCUUGAUGUCAAGGAGGAGCGUCUCAGGAUGGUGCUGAUUGGAAAGACUGGCAGUGGAAAGAGUGCAACAGCAAACACCAUUGUAGGCAAAACGGUUUUCAUACCCAGAGCCCUCCCAAAGAUAGCAAACACAACCUGUGAAAAAGCUACAGGUGAGAUAAAUGGAUAUCCUGUCUCUGUGGUCAACACCCCCGGCCUGUUUGACACACAUCUGUCUAUUGAAGAAAUUCAAGAGGAGCUGAGUAAAUGCUUCCGUUUGUUAGCUCCUGGACCUCAUGUGUUCUUACUAUUGCUGCAGAUCGGGAAUAUUACACAACAGGAGAAAGACUCUGUGGAUCUGAUCAAGAGGGUCUUUGGCAAAAGGUCAGAAGAUUACAUGAUGAUUAUAUUCACCAGAGGAGAUGAUCUGGAUGGUCGGUCAAUUGAGAGUUACAUUGAAGACUGUCCUGACUUUGUAAAAACACUCAUAAAUGACUGCAGAGGAAGAUACCAGGUCUUAAAUAAAAAAGAUAAGGACCGUAAACAAGCCAGAGAGUUGCUGACAAAGAUCAAGACCAUGGUACAGGCAAAUGGUGGCGGCUGCUACAACACUGAGAUGUUCCAAGUGGCAAAAGAAACUGCUCAAAGAGAAAUCGAGCAAGUCAUGAAACAAGAACAGGACGCAAGCAAAAGACAUUUAGAAGAAAUGGAACUGAUCAAAAAGAAACUUCAGACUCUAGAGACAGAUAAACAAAAAGACAAGGAAGAAGUAGCAAGGCUUCAACGAGAAAUGAAAAUCAUGAAUGAAAAACUUUCAGAGAAAAACACCUGUAACAUCCUAUAACUGUGUGGAAUAGAAAGCAUUCACAAAAAUCCACCCAAGAGUGAGAUGGGUCACAUAAAGAGAGAAAAAAAAGUCAGGGAUGUGGACUAUUUAAUCAUACAGAUGUCAUAAUCAUGUAAAUAUAUAACAAAUCUCCUUUUCUGUUUACCUAUUUCAGCGGUACUUGCUUAUAUACUUGUUUGAAUUUAUAAAGAUUUUAGGCAGUUUUUUCCUCUUUCAGUGACUAGGUGUGAACUACAGUCAUGUUUAUUCAAUCAAACACAGUUUUUGGUCAUAAUAGAGUUCCUCAUUGACCCUUUACAACAUCUUUUAUGGAGAUGAAUCUUGUUUUGUGCUUUUAGUUUUUGUGUUUAAGUCAGCACCUGUUUAUGGUAAAAGUCUGUUUUUAUAAUUAUAGUUAGAGCAGAAAUUGGAGGUUUUGUCAGAUAUGAUUUCUUAUCAGUCCCUAAAAAAUCUUGACAAAUACAGUGAUCUCUCCAACAUGAUCUCUUUUUCCUUUAACCCUUUGUUCACAUAAUUGUCAGUUAACAGACUGUAAAAAGCUCAUACAGACAUUGCCAUUGUCUUCAUGGUCAUCUGUAUCGUUGUAUAGUUGAAAGCCAAUUCCUGUGAAUCCUCUCUGGUAUUAGCUUGGAGAGCUCAGCAGAUGGCGCUGUAAUACCUGCAAGAUGUCAGGUGAUGGUGAUCCAUUUUCCACAGCCAUGCUUUACUUUGCAUUAUUUGAUUUUACUGCUUUUUUACUGAGUGUGAUGUAAAUUUACAAAGAAGUGGAAAAUGGUGCACACUUAUAAGUUUGUCUCUAGGACAGCAAAGCCAAUAACUUGUGUCUUAAAUUAC